UGCAGAACAAAACGUGAUUGUGUAGUAUAAAAUUACAGGUUUAGGACAGAGAUCGUGAGAGUCAAGACGGUCGAGCAUCAUUAAGACCUAGGUCUGCUUCAAAGAGCAUCAUGGGAGGAGUGGCACUUGACGAUGGCCCCGCUGGGGUGAAGGCUCCGGAUGGGGGUUGGGGCUGGGCAGUCUUGUUUGGCUGCUUUGUCAUCACAGGAUUUUCCUACGCCUUUCCAAAAGCAGUCAGUGUCUUCUUCAAAGAGCUGAUACGCGAGUUUGGUGUGGGCUACAGUGACACAGCCUGGAUCUCCUCCAUUCUGCUGGCCAUGCUGUAUGGAACAGGCCCUCUUUGUAGUAUCUUAGUAAACCGCUUUGGGUGUCGCCCUGUGAUGAUGGUGGGUGGUCUCUUUGCCUCCUUGGGGAUGAUCCUGGCAUCAUUUUCCACCAGCAUCCUACAUAUAUACCUGUGUACAGGUGUCAUCACAGGUUUGGGUCUGGCCCUGAACUUCCAGCCCUCCCUCAUCAUGCUGAACAGGUAUUUCAAUGAGAAACGCCCGCUGGCUAAUGGUCUGGCUGCGGCGGGGAGCCCAGUGGCCCUGUGCUGCCUGUCCCCACUGGGUCAGGUGCUGCAGUACCAGUACGGCUGGCGGGGGGGCUUCCUCAUCCUGGGGGGGAUGCUGCUUAACUGCUGCGCCUGCGGAGCCCUCAUGAGACCCCUGCUCCCCCCAAAGAAGACAAAGGAUGAGGAGACUCAGACCAAAGCAGUAGAAGAAAAGAAGAAGCCCAAGCCCAAACUCCUGGACUUCACCGUGUUCAAAGACAGGGGCUUCGUCAUCUAUACCGUGGCAGCGUCCAUCAUGGUGCUGGGCCUGUUUGUGCCUCCCGUCUUUGUGGUGAGCUACGCCAAGGAACUGGGCAACGAGGACACCAAGUCGGCCUUGCUGCUGACCAUCCUGGGCUUCAUCGACAUCUUCGCCCGCCCCACCUGUGGCAUCAUCGCCGGGCUGAAGUGGGUGCGCCCUCGCUGUGUCUACCUAUUUAGCUUUGCCAUGAUCUUCAAUGGUACCACUGACAUAGUAGGCUCCAUGUCCAAGGACUAUGCUUCCCUCGUGGUCUUCUGCAUCUUCUUCGGCAUCUCCUAUGGCAUGGUGGGCGCCCUCCAGUUCGAGGUGCUGAUGGCCAUUGUGGGCACAGACAAGUUCCCCAGUGCCAUUGGCCUAGUGUUGCUGAUGGAGGCCAUUGCCGUGCUGGUGGGGCCACCUUCUGCAGGCCGGUUGCUGGAUUCCACCAAGGUGUACAUGUUUGUGUUCUUGCUGGCUGGGUGUGAGGUGUGCCUCUCAGCCAUUGUGCUGGCCACUGGCAAUUUCUUUUGCCUCAAAAAGAAGCCAGAGGAGCCAGAGGCGAAGCUGGAGAUGGCAGUGACGGACACAGAGAUGGAGCAACUCAACAAGUCCCCCACAGAGGAGGUACCAGGAGGCGAGGAAACGGAGAAGGGGCAGAAGGAGGAGGUCGAGAAAGAAAACGAGAAGACUGCGGAGGACAAACAGACCGAGGGUGUCAACGUGGACUCUGUAGAGGUGGAGGACUUUCUGAAAGACGGCACAGAGAAGAACGGAGACAUUGCCACCAACCCGGAAACGUCGCUGUGAGAGAUGUCCUCCAGGGAAAGAUAGAUAGAUAGUCAGAUAGAGGGAGCAAAAACAGACACAUUUCACAUUAAAGGUCCUGUGCACGGAAUGGAUGAGAAUCCCCUGAACAGGUUAGGCAAGUAGUGGCUUUAAAAUCUGCUGUAUUUAUUUUAGGUGUUACAUAGUCGUACGCUUUAGUGUACUCUUUGGAGCUGUGUCAUGUCAGAAGACACACUGAAAACACAUGUUCAAUGAGGGAAUAAGACCACCUUUUGAUUGCACUGAAACAGCACUGGCACAAAAUGUAAAACAGAAAUAUUUCCACAUGUAAAAUAAAAAAAAGUACAGUGGCUUGUCACUGUAUCACCUGUGGACUGUACUGAGAGACUAUAGCAUUCUACACAGGUUUUCAGGUUUGGAGGAACCCACUGCAUUGUACAUAGUUGUUUUGUUUUCUUUGAAGGGUAUUUCACCUGAAUACGGUGUGCCAUGCUAUGUUCUAAUAGAGACUAGGGUGGGAGUUGUGGUGAACUUGGAACAAGCAGUAAAGCACAGUGGGACACAUCUGGACCCACUAGGAGCUUCUAUACUAACUGGGAACCAUUGAGAUUUCCAGGUAGAAGUUACAAAUGUAACACACUGGCAAGUGGCAGUGGCUUUUGGAGAUGUUCUCGGUAGAACUAUUCCUAUCAUAGUGCAUAUACAUUUUUAAAUGAAUUAAGCAAGAAAAAUCUGUUCAUGGAAGGGAACACAGAACUAUGACUGAUUUUCUUGCACAUGCUAGCAACAUUGCUGUUUGUGUGUGGAAGAUAAAGUCUGCUUACCUGCAUAUUUGUGGCACACAAAAUGGGACUUAUUUUGUAAUGUGUUGUGAUAUUGUGAGCAAUAGUACAGGGAUGGAUUUUUGUUACAUUGUGCUGGUCAUAAAAUAGGUCAGAUCACCACAGAAUACUGACAAGGUUCUGAAUGUGAUGUUAAGAGAUCUGGGCUUCUUUUUGCAUAAUAUGAGUAUUUGUCUCACAUAAAAAGACAAAGGUAUACCAGUUCUGGUUGAAUAAAUAAAUGCAUUUGUUUAGGCCAGUGCAGUAAGACAUUGCUCAAGGUAAAACCUCAUCAGGACGCUGGAUGUGGAUUUUCACUGUUCAUCUUUUGUCCAUUUUUGUAUGCAUAAAUCUGUUUCUGCUGUCAUCGUGAAAUACCAGUGCAAGCCAGCGAAAUAGGAGUGCUGUUUGACUCUGUUGUUUAUUUUCUUUCCUCAUACCUCUCGCUCUCUGUUUAAAUGUUGUGCAUAAUAAUGCACAGAGCAACAGUCGGCAGCUAAACAGUCAGAUGCUAGUGGGAAGCAUGUUAGAACUGAGGACUGGAUCUCGACUUGAAUCUGAUGAAAUUCUGGACAGUAGGUUUUUUUUAUUUUCAAUACAAGAGGUCUAUGUUUUAUGACGCCUUUCAUAAUAACAGUAAAACAAGGCCUGAAAUCUGUUAGCCUGCAGUUUACAGUUUAUGGCAUUAAGAAGGAGACUGGGCAGCCCAAAGGAUUCUGGAUGCAAUUUGUUGCAGUUAUGGAGGUAACAAUGGUUGAUAUUUUCAGGCUAAAUUUAUAGUGAGAUGGAGUUCCAGCUACAUCAGAUAUGGAUUGCCGUGUAUUCAACCAGGAAAAAGUAACACAUAGCAUUGAUUCUCUUUCAAUACAAAUAGACUGUGUUAAUUGGACCAAAUCAUGGAUGCCUUCAAAUAUUGACCACUGUUCACCAGCAAGGAGCCUCUCAUUCAUUGCUACUUUAGGGGAUUGUGUGAUACCAUUGCAAAGUGUGCCCCUGUGUCAGACACUGACCUCAAGCAAGGGAAAUAAGCUUUCUUUCCCUUGCCUUCUUGGUAGUGCCUUAUAUCUGAAAUCACAUGGGGAACACACCAUACAACUGAAUAUCAAGUUAAGAUAACUUCAUAAAUGUCCCUUGAAUCUGAUUAACUGAUGUUGAUACAGUAGCUACGUGAAACAGGGUGCUGAGCUUCACACAGUUCCAAUCUGAUUUCCCAAAAUUCUACAUAUGGGCAGCCCAGCUCCUGCCUCCUCUCUCGGUGUCUUGAGUUUCAAACGAGGGCCAAGCAAACAAACGCAGCCACCGCCAUCUUCACACUCUGACAUCUUGUACUUCAGCUCUUCCAUAAUCAAGAGACCCCUUGGGUGCUGUGGGUAUUUCUGUGCAAAAGUCACCUCCUUUACUUCCUGUAGAGCGUUUGGUCAUAUGGUGUUUUCAGACUCAUCUGCGUGUGGGCUUUCACCAGUCAGGUACGACUUUUUGUUUUGCGCAAACUGUUUUCAUGCAUAAGUUUACAAUUCAUUUAAUGUUAUGUUUUCCAUACAUGAACAUUUCCUUUCGCACAGGCCCUACGACUCAGACAGUGACCGCCUGGCUGUCCGUUAUUCACUCCUAAAAUGAAUUUUGUACAAUAAACUGCCAGUCCUGCAACUGUGUACCUUUGAUAUUACUCUCUAAAUGCUUAACCUCCAACCAGCAUUAGUGCACAUUGUACUGUACAUAUGUGUGAUUGUAUGUGUAAAAGAGGUCAGUCAGUGUUGCUGUAUUUAUUGUAUCGCUGUGUUAUGCGAUGAUAUGUAUUACUGUAAAACUUGUCUUGAAUUUGUGAAAGGGAAGGAGGGACAUCCUAAAAUAGUGACUUCAUUUUGGUUUACAAAAUGGCAUUAUUGGCUCCCCCAAAGAAAUCCUGUUUCACCUUCACUUGUUACCAAAAGAUAUUGUCCCCCAGUCUAGAGCUGAGAGUUCAGAAUACAGAUCCAUGUUAUGCUGUCAUUUCAGCGGGAUCAGCACUUAAAUGAUCGCAACAAGAGGGACGGCGUAUCUCCACCCAUUCCCACAUUUCUUUCACAUAAAUUUGAUGCAACACUAAUUUUGGAAGACAGCAUUCUGUGGUAAUAAUGCUGGCAAAAUGAGGGCAAAGCCAGUGUUUAGGGGAAAUUAAAUUAUAUCUGGUACCAUUCCACUUCAUACAUUUAUAAACCUGUUCACAAAAUAUAGACAUGUUAGUUAUCAAGAUAUUUUACUGUCUGAAUUUACACCCUUGCCAAAUCAUUUCAAGUCCCAGUUAAAACAGUCACCAGCAAUCUAAAAAACCUAGAUUCACUGUCCAUACAAAAUACACCUUCCAACUGUGUUAGGAGAGUCUAUUUAAAUGAAUGUAUUGGACAUAAAGGCAGUAUUCCAGGAGUAUAUUGCAUGUCAGAGUAGUGGUCAAAUUAAUUUUGUUAACUGAAGGAAUGAACUGAAAUUCAAUUCAUGAAUUGAAAAAUCUUCAUAUAAAAUGAAGGGCUGGUUUCAAUUCAUGGAUUGAAUUUCAAGACAUUUCUUCAAUUGACUGAAUUGAACUGGAUCUGACUCCAGUUCUGCUGCAUACUGAAUUAUGCCAGCAUUCAGAAUGUAUUACAUUAAGGGGUGGGGGUAGGUAACUUUAUAUAGACCCACAAUAUUCUGAGGUCACUGCUGCUGGUUUUACUAGAGUAGCGCCCCCUCUGGUCAGUAUUGGAGCCAGUCACCCUAGGACUUCCCUCUCUCUUGGUAUCAAUACCCUCCUGUCUAUAAGGGAGAGAAGCUACUGUGUGUUGUGAAACCUGUAUGAACUUCUGAUCUUUAUUUAAUGUUUUUUAUUUAAUUUUAUUUGGAGGAAAAAUAAACCAGGAAGAUUUGUCAAGUGUUUUCAGGCAGCCAGUAUCUCCCUGUUUGUCUGUAAUAAGAAAGCACUUUACAAUCACCUUGUUGGUAGAAGAAAAUAUAUUUUUUACAUGCUUUAACCUGUUUCAA